AUGGAGUAUCAUCGGCGAGGAAAGACCAAACACAACGGGGUAGCCACAGAGCAUCAAAAGUUUGAGGUACAAAGGAGGCUCUUAGCCGAAGCAGAUUUCUGUGGCGCCGACGAGGCCAGAAGGCAUGGUGGCAUAGCACCCAUCGCAGAGCCGAGUCGUUCUAUACCUGCAUUGGGUGCAGGCGAUGAUUAUAUCCUAAAAUGGAUUGCGCAGACCGAUAUGGAGAGCAGCAUGCACAGCAGAGGUUCUAAUGUAGAUCAGAAUAAGCACGAGUAUGGAAAGACCAGCAAAAAGCCACAGGCGCAUUUCCAAUCUUUCCACGAAACAACUCAUGAUGCUGGGGAUUAUCCAGAAGUCCGGAGAAAGCGACGACGAGAUAGCUCGUCCUCGGAUAGCUCCCUGCUUGAGCCCGCCGUCAAGUCGAAGUUGGACCAAGUGGUCAGAGGGCAGGUAAAGCCAGAUAUAUCCGAAGAACAAGAAAAGCCCUCAUCUCAUCCCCAAAAGAAGCGCAAGCCUGAGCCAUCAGAUGAGGGUACAUCUGUCCAAUUCAGCAACCCUCUGGAAACUUUUGAGAAGCGUCCUCGCCGCAAGACACGCGAUGAUCGGUAUGAACCGAAAAAGAAAAUGAAGAAGUCUGAAAAGCCCAAUGAAGGAAAGCGAUCCAGGACGAAACGAGAGAAGAAGGGCGAUAAAAGGAAAGCUGCAAAGAAGGCUGGAGAAGACCUUAUGCAGAACUUCUCGUCGAACCGCAUAGCCCAAGAGCGAUUGACAAUUCGGCCUCCUCAUGGCCUUGGGGUUUUCAAUAAUGGUCGAGCAUCCUCUCCAAUAAGGCGUCGAGGAUUGGCCGAUCUUGCUUUCUCGGAAAUGAGGUUUCUUCAGCGAUCCUCACACGUUCCAAGUACCAAGAAAAAAGAUACAAUCGUACCAAAAUCCCGCGAAAAGGAAACGCGUAGGGCUGAAAGGGCCCGGGAUGAAAUAUCCACUUUCUUUAAACCGAAACGGACACCAUUGGAAGAGACAGAAGCAAAUGCCGGUCCAGGAGCCUCAUCAACAUAUAUGAGUGAUCAGCAUCCGAUAGCUAGGAAGCGAGCAUCAGAACACCACUACACAAAGGAACAUAUACGCUCUCAACCUGAACAUUCCCCGAAGUAUCAACACGUUGAAUUUCAAUCAGCGCCAUUUUCGGAUACAACACGGGUGUCCAGCGACCUUUCUCAUUCGAGACAACUUUCCAGAAACUUUCCUGAUACUAUCAGCACAUCGUCUGGAGAAGCAAGUACUUGCGUGACAUGGUCAGAGACACAAUUUUCACCUAUUACUACAACAGCGGCUUGGAGACAAUUGAACAAUGCUUAUCAAUACCAGACUAGCCCAAUCCCAAACGCCGUUAAAAGAUUAAUUGAGAAUACAGGAAUCUUCAGGGAUACAGGGAUAGUAAUGUCACCAGACUUGAAUCGACCGAGAGAAAGGACAUCCCUUGAUAAGAGAUGUCAAACAUUGCAUCUUUCGACUAACGUUCCUAGCGUGGAUCGCUCAUGCGGAAUCAGCGGGAGUGCAGCAUCACCCAGUUCCAAAUCACCUGAUUUCCAUAGGAAGCGCCCGCUAUCUGGAGGGGAUAGCCGUUCUCCAAGAUCACCAAGAUUGUCAGGUUCUCAAGGUGAUAGUCAGAAACAAGGAGGUACCCAGCAAGCAGAUUCUAGACGUUUCAACAAUAGUACUCACUCUCCGGUGAGAAUUGCGCCAACAAGAUCCGGCCAAACGAUUAUUGAGAAUUAUGAAGCCAAGUCAGGAUGGCAUCAACAUCAAGAUCCAAUCAGAUCUGUACAUCCAGACACGAACACACUAGAUUACCAAGCACAAAAGGCUUGCGAAAGCGCGCCAGUCAACCGGGAACAGCUUGCUCAGAAUGCUCGCAUCAAACGCCCGCCGACCGAGCUACCUGCCGCUGAGGAUUCUAGGGAGGAGGUGCUUCAAUAUGGAAUGAAGGCGCAGACCCAAGACCAGAGGAAUGCCAACUAUCCGGAUAAGACAGAUCAACCCAAUGCGCUCAUUGUACCGAGACCUGGUGAAGGUACAUCAGAGAUAGCAUCUUCAAGAGGCAGGAAGACGCCUCUACGCAUCUCAUCCGCCCAAGCCACUUCCGAACAUGAAUCUCGAGCUAGAGAGACGAUACAGGCUAUGCAACAAGAUUUUGACCUUGAUGCACCAGUUGUAACUCAUCCCAACUCUGACUUAUUUGUGAAUGAACCAGCAACAAGAUGCUCGUCUAUGAGACCGCUCCGUAACGGACUAAGUACUGAAACCGCGGCCCCUCUUAGACAAGAUAUAAAGAAAGACUUGGUUAAUAGAGACGGUGAUUCUCUUCCUGCUCUGCUUAUAGGAGGAUUCUGGAAAACCCGCGACCAUGAGAUGAAUGCUCGACUUUCACGUUUGUCGCCAAUCCCUGAACAUGCACCACUAUAUGUCCAUCAACUGCAACGGUCGCAGUUUCAUGAGGAGCGAGUCCCGCAUGAAGAGAACUACAUCAGCCAUAGUUCUCAAGAACAUUUUGGCAACGAGGGUUAUGAAAUGUUACCUUACCUGGAAGAUGUUGAGUUCGAUCUUUGGGAAAGAAACUCUGGUACUGUUCUUCCGCAGGGUAACAACCACUUCAGUGGCAUAUCUCAUCAGGGCAUGGAAACAUUUGAAGAUUACAGUGGAGGGCACAACUUCAUUCCGGAAAUAUGGGAUGAGGAAGAUCACGCUGUUCUGGAGACGGAGAACUAUGACUUGUGGGAUGAACCCGAGCAGAACGCGAUACCCAGUUACGAAACCUUCGAGGGAGUCUACCGUGGUAACACUUUUGGUCAGCCAUAUGGGGAGGAUGCCCGGUAUGAGCAACCCACCAACGAAGAAGAAGGUUUAAUGCAAGGAUUUUGGCGGCCUUAUCGUUCCUAUUGA